CUUUUCUAUCUUCUCUUUUCACUAUAUAUAUUCCAGAUUGCAGUGCAUGUUGAAAUGGCAUUGAUUAGAGCUUUCUUUCCAUUCUGAUUUUACCUUUGGUAUCUCCUCUUUCGCAAAAGAAAACCAUCAGAGACAAUGGCGAGCCCCAGCACGAGGAUCGACGAUGGACGUGAUGUGGACAGUGAUAACUCCGGACCGAUGAGAGAAAAGUUAUCUGUGUUGAUUGUGGAUGAUGAAUUGCUCGUGCGUAAAGUACAUGAGAGACUUGUGAGCAAGCUCGAAGUAGCAAAACAAGUCCAGACUCAAACUGCCACAAAUGGAAAGGAGGCCUUGGAUCUUCACCUUUCUGGUUCAUCUUUUGAUAUUAUUCUCGUGGACCUGCAAAUGCCCAUCAUGGAUGGCACAGAAGCGACGAAGGAGCUGCGAGCAAUGGGGGUAGAGAGCAUGAUCGUGGGAGUGACUUCAGUGGACGCCGGAGCCGACAAGGAAGCUUUCAUGGAAGCGGGUCUGGAUGAGUGCCUUGCAAAGCCACUGACAGCUGACAAGAUCAAGUCUCUUGUCGAAACCCUAGAGAAGAACAAAUAGAGAUGUGACCAUGGUCAGCGUAUAACUAAAGGAAGAAUAAUGAGUAUAAUGAGUGAUCGUGCAAAAUAUAGAGUAAUAGGGCUCACCUAGUUUAUUUGAUUAUAUAGAUCUAUGACUGAGCAUGGUAACAUGAGUUUUGUAAUCAUGCAAAGUCAUUCGUUGAUUAUAUCUACUGCCUAUUAAUCAAAGGGAAGUUAUGAAAAUGCUAAGUGUUCAUGCUCUGUGAUGAA